GGUCAACAAAUGUCACGUGACACCCUGCCGAUAACUGUUAACGCGAGAUUCCUUUUCCAACUAGCUUGACAUCCGUUAAGGAAGCGGGGCUGAUUAGUUUAGCCUAGAUAGCGAAAAAAAAAAAAAAACCAUCUAUACAGUGCAAACAUGACGUCGGUGAACCCGUUUAAUCUGAGUGAUUCUGAAGAGGAGAGUGAACGUCGACCUAACGAAACAGUUGACACAGAGCGUAGCCCGAGUGACGGGGCGCCGGGGCCGCCUCCGGGCAAUCCCUUCUCCACGCCCGUGGACGCCGAGCCUCCGACUCUGCUGUCCACCAACCGAACGAGCCCAAACGGCGAGGGCAUCUCGAUGUCUUCGGCGUCUGCCACCGCUAUGGCCGGUGUCGCUGAGACGCGGGUGUCGGUGGAUAUCAUCGCCGCUCAGCUACUGCGUGACCAGUACGUCCUCACGGCCCUGGAGUUUCACACCGAACUGUUGGAGGCGGGCAGGGAGCUCCCGAGGUUGAGGGAUUAUUUCUCCAACCCGGGUAACUUCGAGCGGCAGAGCAGCACUCCACCUGCCAAAGAGCAAGGAAUUGUACCCGGUGGACCUUUGAAUCGAGCAGGCAGCAUCAGCACCUUGGACUCUCUGGAUUUUGCCCGGUACUCGGAUGACGGCAAUCGAGAAUCAGACGAGCGGGUGGCGGUGCUGGAGUUUGAGCUACGGAAAGCAAAGGAGACCAUUCAGGCUCUGCGCGCCAACUUGACUCAGGCAGCAGAGAAUGAAGUGCCCUCUCAGGAGAGAAAGAACUUCAAGUCAAGCCCUGAAAUUCAGGAGCCGAUACGCCCACUGGAGAAAAGAGCCUUAAACUUCCUUGUGAAUGAAUAUCUGUUGAAAAAUGAAUACAAACUGUCAUCCAUCACCUUCUCGGAUGAAAAUGAUGAUCAGGAUUUUGAGCUGUGGGAUGACGUCGGCCUCAACAUUCCAAAGCCUCCUGACCUGUUGCAGCUCUACAGAAAUUGCGGUUCCUCUCUUCCUUCAAAGAGGGACAUGGUCGACGUGGCAGUCGGAGCAGAUUUUGCAGAUCUCACUGGACAUUGUGCCGUACAAGAUCCCCCUCGGAAGCCCGAUCUCUCACAGCAGCAACAGGCAGAGGUCGUCCAAGAGUUGGAGUACCAAAUCAGUCUCCUCAACAAUGAGAAGGCGAGUCUGACUGAGCAGAUGAGGAAACUUCAGAGUGAGAUUCAGACAUUGAAACAGACGGUCUCCUCCCCGCCUGCAGCCGCUCUUGACUGUAGCUCCCAGAAUACAUCUAAUCCCGCAUCCUCUUGCACCGCCAUCACUUCCUCCGCUGACCCGCCCUCUGUGCCCCGUGCAGAUAACGGACAGUACUUGGACAUCCGGGGUGUUUCAGAACCUCAAAAUGAGCCUCCCUGCACGCAGAACACACCACAGUCUCACAAUAAGCUUAAAAGUCGGCCUCCUGUACAGUUUGAUCAGCCAAACAGGAAGUUAGCCCCGGCCUUCCAGCAAGCCCUGCUAUCCUUCUGCAGAAUGUGCUCAGACAGUCGCCUCGGAGCAGAGGUGUCUCGUAUAGCAGAUAGCGAGGAAAGUGUGAUGUUAAUGCUGGGCCGCUGCCUCCCUCAUAUCGUCCCAAAUGUCCUCCUAGCUAAAAGAGAGAGAUUGGUUGCACAUCUUUGCCAGGAGCUGAUCCCUCUCAUCCUGUGUACCGCCUGCCUUCACCCAGAGUCCAAAGAGCGAGACCAGCUUCUCCACAUCCUCUUUAACUUAAUCAAGAGACCAGAUGACGAACAGAGACAAAUGAUCUUGACGGGAUGUGUUGCGUUUGCGAGGCAUGUGGGUCCCACUCGUGUUGAGGCAGAGCUUCUUCCUCAGUGCUGGGAACAGAUUAACCACAAAUAUCCAGAGAGGAGACUCCUUGUGGCAGAGUCUUGUGGAGCCUUAGCACCGUACUUUCCUAAGGAAAUUCGAAGUUCCCUAGUGUUGUCCAUGUUGCAGCAGAUGCUUGCCGAGGACAAGGCUGACAUGGUCCGAGAGGCUGUGGUCAAGAGUCUUGGGAUUAUCAUGGGUUACAUAGAUGAUACUGACAAAUACUCGCAGGGUUUUGAGCUGAUGCUACUGUCACUUGGUGACCCUUCAGAGAGGGUAGUCAGUGCCGUCCACCAAGUCUUCAUCCCCGCAUUCGCAGCCUGGACAACAGAAUUGGGAACCCUUUACACUUCACUCAUCCCUUCUCUCUUGGCACGUAUAGAGAAACUCCUCAUGCACGGAGAACAUGGCCUGGAUGAGCACAAGCUCCACAUGUUCCUGACAGCACUGCAGAGUCUGAUCCCUCCCCUGUUUGCUGUCGUGCUGCAGAAUGCACCUUUCACCAAACGUGCCAAACUCCACGGAGACAUACCUGCAAUAGAGGUGACCCGCUUCCCCAGGCCAGCUUCUCCCCUCCAGGAUGUGGCCACCAUCAUUGGCAGCAGGGAGAUGCUGAGUGCCCUGCUGCUUCUCUACGACCACCAACUGGAGCAUGAAGGGACCACCGGAUGGGAAAGCCUGCUUUGGGUGGUCAACCAGCUACUUCCUCAGCUCAUAGAGAUCGUGGGUCGCAUCAACGUGACCUCUUCCACCUGCGUCCAUGAGUUCUCUCGCUUCUUUUGGAGGUUCUGUCGAACCUUUGGCAAAAUUUUCACCAACACCAAGGUUAAACCUCAAUUCCAAGAGAUUCUUCGUCUAUCUGAAGAGAAUGUUGAUGCUUCAUCUGGGAAUGGUAUUCUUACCAAAGCCACCGUCCCCAUCUACGCCACAGGAGUACUGACAUGUUAUAACCAGGAGGAUGAUCGCAAGUUGUUAGUGGGUUUCUUAGAGGAUGUUAUGACAACCCUCUCUUUGUCCCAUGCACCUCUCGAUAGCCUGAAAGCUUCUUUUGUAGAACUGGGUGCCAAUCCAGUCUACCAUGAGUUACUGCUCACUGUCCUGUGGUAUGGAGUAGUACACACAUCCGCAUUGGUCCGAUGUACCUCAGCACGGAUGUUUGAGUUGAUUCUCCGAGGCAUGAGUGAAGCAUUAGUAGAUCGCCGGGCAGCCCCGGCCCUUAUAACUCUAUGCAAUGGGCCUGAAUUCUCUGUGAGGAUAUCCACAAUUCCUGCCUUUGGUACCAUCAUGGAGACUGUCACGCAGAAAGAGCUGCUGGAACGUGUGAAGAUGCAGCUGGCAUCCUUCCUAGAGGACCCUCAGUAUCAAGAUCAGCACUCAUUGCACAUGGAGAUCAUCAGGACGUUCGGACGCGUCGGCCCCAACGCCGAGCCUCGCUUCAGAGACGAGUUUGUACUGCCACACCUGCACAAGUUGGCGCAGGCGAACAACAGCCAAGCGGUGGAGAGCAAGCGGAUCGACAUCGCCACCCAGCUGUUCGAGGCCUACAGCGCCCUCUCCUGCUGCUUCAUAUCUGAAGAAGUGAUGGUGACCCACUUCCUGCCGGGCCUCAGGUGUCUCCGGGCCGACAUGGAGCAGCUCUCCCCAGAGCACGAGGUGAUUCUGAGCUCCAUGGUCAAAGAGUGUGAGAUCAAGGUGGAAAACAGGGGAAUGGGAGAUGCACAAGGCUCCAUGUCCAUCGCAUCCAGUUUGGUGGGCGAGGAUGCCAAGACCAAGUUCCUGAGCAAGAUGGGUCAGCUGACCACGUCGGGCGCCAUGCUGGCCAACGUUUUCCAGAGGAAGAAGUGAACGGCGUUCGCCGACGCUCUGCCACCACAGCAUCUGAUGACCGUCCCCGUCUGCUGUGCUCUCAAGUAGAUGACCAAGCAGAUGUGACGCGCAUUUUAUAUGAAAGGAUAGCGUUGGCUUGUUUUUGUUUUCUCAGUCAGUGUUUUGUUUGACAUCUUAAUUUAUGAAAUGAAGCGCCGCAAAGGAUGAAAGUCCAGUAUUCCAUGGUAAGUGGGACAUCUUUCCUGGACAUUUCAGGACUGAAGGCAUCGCUGCACCGCCAUGAACCUUUUUUCAUCGGAGGAGGAAACUAAAUUGAGCUACCUGCAGGAGGUCACCUGAUUUUUAACGGGUGUCAUUUUGGAGCGAGCGAUUCAUGGACGGCCUAUGAUAUUCAGCAUGUCCAAGCAAAAAUGGCACUAAAGGCUUCGAUCCUUAAAGUGACUAUGAAUGUGUGUGCGUGUGGAUGUCAUUCCAAAUCAUCGCCUACUUGAAGUUCUAAAUACGUCUGUCCGCGCUCCGUUUUGAUAGCUUCUAUUUUAUAACUUAUUUUUAUCUUAUUGGAGGAACACACUUUAUUUCCAACUUCCAAAGACAUUUGCACUUCAUUAUUUUGUUCUUAACUAUCUGUAUGUUCUUAUGCACAUUGAAAAUGAUCACUACUGUUGUGUUUUAUGCUUUUUCUUGUUUUGUUUGACGAUAAUUUGGGUCAUGACAUCUUGUCUUUCUGAUUGGAUAGUGGGUAUUUCGUUCAGUUUUUGGGAGAGGUCUCCUCAGAGAAAAAAAGAAAUAGCUAUCAUACAUUGAACUGAGUGGUUGGUACUCGUAUAUAUUUGGAAUCUGUGUUAUGGUGUAAUAAAAGAUCAUUUGUGUA